GAGCCUUAUUCACUGACGACGACAAAGACGGGCCCUCUGAGUUGGCCUUCAAGUACGCCGUCUAUCGCAUCAACAAAGACCGCACACUGCUGCCCAAUCGGACGCUAGUGUACGACAUUCAGUACGUGCCCAAAGAUGACAGUUUUCGAGCUUCCAAAAAGGCUUGUAACCAGCUGUCCAGCGGCGUCAGCGCCAUCUUCGGCCCGCAGGAUCCGCUCCUCGGCGAGCACAUUCAGUCGCUGUGUGAUGCACUGGACAUUCCGCACAUCGAGGCCCGCCUGGACCUGGAGACGGACCUGAAGGAGUUCAGCAUCAACCUCUAUCCGAGUCCGGCGAUCAUCGGUCGGGCCCUGCGCGAGCUGAUCGUCUACCUCAACUGGACCAAGAUUGCCGUCAUCUACGAGGAUGAUGUCUCGCUCAUCAAGCUGCAACAGCUCGUUCGGCCGCCCCUUUCCAAGCAGGUGCAGUUUAUCUUUCGAAAGGGAAACGCGCUCUCAUUUCGUGAUGUCCUCAUCGACGUUCGUGCCCGAGGCGUUUACUCGCUCAUCAUUGACACGCGUCCUGAGUCGCUGCCAAAGAUUCUCAAUGCGAUUCUGCAAACGCAAAUGAACAACUACAAGUACCACUACCACUUUGUCACCUUUGACAUUGAGGUGUACGAUCUGGAGAACUUUCGCUACAACUUUGUCAACCUGACCGCCUUUCGGCUGGUCGACACGGAGCACCCUUCAGUGCGGCAGAUUCUACGAGAUAUGGAAAAGUUUCAACCUAAAGGGCAGCCCAUACUCAAUCGGACCAAUGUGCUCAGGGUUGAACCGGCGCUCGUCUUUGAUUCGGUGUAUGUUUUUGCGCGAGGACUCCAAUCGCUGGAUCGAGGCGCCACGCUGACGCCUGUGAACGUCAGCUGCGACAAUGAGACUCCCUGGGCAGACGGCAGCUCACUUUUUAAUUACAUAAAUUCGGCUGACUUACGCGGACUGACCGGUCGUCUCACUUUUAAAGAAGGCUCUCGCAGCACUGUCAAACUGGACCUACUAAAACUGCGCAGUACAGAGCUGGAAAAGGUGGGCGAGUGGUCCACCGCUGGCGGCCUGAACAUCAGCAACCACGCCGCCUUCCACGACUUCGGCACCACCAACAUCACCCUCAGAGUGACCACUAUCCUCUCGCAACCGUACGUGAUGAUUCGCGGCCUGUCCACCACCGGCGGCCUCUCUCCGGCCAACUACUCCGCCUACACUAAUGACCAGCUGGAGGGCUUUUGCGUCGAUCUCCUCAAGACGAUAGCAGAGAACCUCAAAUUUCAGUUCGAACUCUAUCUGGUACCGGACGGAAAGUACGGUGCAGAGAACACCACCACCAAAGAGUGGAACGGCCUGGUGCGGGAGAUCAUCGACAAGAACGCCGACCUGGCCGUCGCCUCGAUGACCAUCAACUACGCCCGUGAGAGCGUCAUUCACUUCACCAAGCCGUACAUGAACCUCGGCAUUGGCAUUCUCUUUAAGCUGCCUUCCGCUGCGCCCACUCGUCUCUUCAGCUUCAUGAGCCCCCUUGAUGUGGACAUCUGGCUGUACGUGCUGGCCGCCUACAUCAUGGUCAGCAUGACGAUGUUCAUUGUCGCUCGCUUCAGCCCAAACGAGUGGCGAUCGCCGCACCCGUGCGUCGCCGCACUCGAGCCAAUGGAGAACCAGUUCUCGAUGGCCAACAGCUUCUGGUUCACCAUUGUGACGCUGAUGCACCAGGGCUGUGAUCUGAACCCGAAGGCCGCCUCCACCCGAAUCAUCGGCGCCAUUUGGUGGUUCUUCACGCUGAUUCUCGUCAGCUCGUACACCGCCAACCUGGCCGCCUUCCUCACCGUGGAGCGGAUGAUCACGCCAAUUCAGAGCGUCGAGGACCUGGCGACGCAGUCGAAGAUCGCCUACGGGACGCUGGAGGCGGGCAGCACAAUGACCUUCUUUCGGGAUUCGCAGCUAGAGACCUACCAGAAGAUGUGGCGCUUCAUGGAGAAUCGGCCGUCGGUCUUUGUGAAGGACUACGAUGAGGGCGUGCGAAGGGUGAAUGAGGGCAACUACGCCUUUCUCAUGGAGUCGGCCAUGUUGGACUACAAAGUGCAGCGGAACUGCAAUCUGACGCAGAUUGGAGGGCUGCUUGAUUCGAAGGGCUAUGGAAUUGCCACGCCAGUGGGUUCCCCAUGGCGCGACAAAAUCUCCCUGGAGAUACUGCACCUUCAAGAGAAGGGCGUCAUUCGAAUGCUUUAUGAUCGUUGGUGGAAACGGCCGGGCAUUACCUGCUCCCGCGACGACAAAUCAAAGGAGGGCAAGGCGAAUGCCUUGGGUGUGGAGAACAUCGGCGGCGUCUUUGUGGUGCUGCUGGGCGGCCUGGCCGUGGCCAUCGUCGUCGCCUUCAUCGAGUUCUGCAUCAACAGCAAGAAGAAUGCUCAAAACUUGAGGCAAUCACUGUGCACUGAAAUGUCCGACGAGCUGCGGAUUGCCGUCAAGUGUCACGACUCAAAGCAGCGACCGGCUUUAAAGCGAAAGUGCUCCAAAUGUGUCACCAACUCAAAGCAUCCUUCAAGUGGUGGUGGUGGUGGAGGCAACCUCUGCACUGAUCCCGACUGUACGGCAGGCUGUGAUAUGAUGGGCGGUGAUAUGAUGGGAGGAGGAGGCGGUGGUGGAGGUUGUGGUCACCACCAGUGCACCCAGUCCCAGCACCACGUCCUCGAGCAGCAUCCCAACACCUGUGACGAUGAGGGUGGCCUCCAAGAAGAGCAGAUGCUCUCCACCUUGGUGAGGUCCUCGACGCCCGGUCCUGGACCGUCCUCUUCUUUAGGCGGCCAACAGUCUACUGGACAGCAGCAACAACAACAACAGCAGUUUGACAGCGACGUUGAGCUUCAACGCGACGAGGGGAUGACUCCGGGAAAUAGUGCCCGUCAAAUAACCACUACCGGCUCAGCCUUAAGUCACUACCCGAUGGGAACUCCCGGCGGUGGUGUUGGUGGUGGUGGACCAAAUCGAGCCAUUGUCGACGUCGAGUGCUACACUCGAGGGCCCACCACUUCUGUGAUUGGAGUUUGUCGAAGUGGUGGCGGAGUUGGUGGAUACAGUCUAGAACCGAUGUUGAUGACGCCCCUCAACGGUGGACUUCUCGAUAACGGAGGAGGGGGAAGUGGUGGAGGUGGUAGUGGACAAUACGGAAUGGUGAACAAGGGAUCACUGCGAAACUUGGCAAUUAGUCAGCAGCAGCAACAACAGCAGCAGAUUAUUGAAAAUGACACUCGGCCACAGUAUCUGAACAGUUGA